CCCUCCCAUCCCAGUCCCAGUCCCACUCCUACACCCACACCAACCAGCAACCCUAAAUCCCUAAUCCGGUUCCUACCAUUCCCAAAUCCCAAUCCCAUCUCCCCUCCGCCGCUUUUGCUCCCGCCGUCCGUCCCGGAGCCGCCUCUCUCCGGCCGCCGCCGCCGCCGCCGCUGCCUCUCGUGACGUGAGGGAUGAGUCAAACUCAGUGCUCCAAAGUUGUGCGUGGCAGAGGCAGGAACAAAAGGAAAUGGACAGCCGAUGAAGAUGAGGAGCUUGUCAAAGCAUUGUGCGAGGUUUCUCUUGAUCCUAGAUUUAAGGUCGAAGGAGGGGGAUUCAAGAACUGUUAUUCUCAAGGGAUAGAGAACAUUCUUGCGCAAAGGCUGCCAGGCCGUGGUAUUAGAUCCAGUCCUCAUGUCGAUUCUCGGUUAAAAGUGCUGAAGAGGAAGUAUUAUGCGAUCAAAGAUAUGUUAGCGUUGCCCAGGUUCUCGUGGGACGGCAUGCGGAAGAUGAUUCAGUGUGAAAAAGAGUUAUAUGAUGCUCAUUGCAAAGAUCAUCCUAGAGCCAAGAGUUUGUAUGGUAUCCCAUUUCCAUAUUUUGAUACAUUUGAUGUAAUAUAUGGCAAGGACAGAACAGGCAGAGAGGAGGAGGAAUUGUCCGAUGAAGUGGUUGCUGACAUGGAGAAUGAAAACACAGACGAGGUCGGAGAUGAGGAUGGGGACAAGGAUAGGGAAUCCGCAGGGCCAUCUGGUCGCUCCUUGGAUGUGGCAUCAAGCUGUAAGAGGCAAAAGAAACAUAGUAAUGGCACGAAAAGGAGUAGGACUGAAUCAAACUUUCCUUCUCCAAGGAUGCUUAAGGAUGUGCAUAGCCACUUUCAGAGUUCCAUUCAACAUGUCAGCACCAUGGUGACAGCAAUGGAGUUGUUCAAGGAUGUGCACAAUCACUUCCAAAAUGUUGUUCAGCAUGCCAAUGCGAUGGCCACGGCAAUGGAGAUGUUCAGGGAUGCACAUGAUCACUUCCAGGGUGCUGUGCAGAGUGUCAGCAGCGCAGCAUCAGCCAUCGAACGGUUCAAAGACGCACAUGAUCGUUUUCAGAAUAUCACUCACCAUGGAAGCAUGGUAGCAGCAGUGAUGGAAUGUGGUACCGAUCAUACACAAGAGAAGAAGAUGUGCGAGGAACCCCAACAAAAGGCCAAAGUGACAGCUAUAGCUGAAAUUCAAAAGCUUGGCCUUACUGGAAGCGAGGUGGUCUUCGCAGCAAGUAUUUUCGCAAAGGAACCAAACCAAAUGGAGAUGUUUUUAGCACUCCCAGAAAUCUAUAAGAGGGACUACAUAGUCCAAAUGCUCAACGGUGGGCAAUCUCUCCGGUAUUAGCUGAAGCUAGGGAUUGAAACGGAUCGGAAACGGACGGAAACUAGCUUUAACAUAUUCGUUUUCAUAUUUUUUUCGGAAUCGGAAUCGAAAACUCGGAUACGGAAAUGAAAUCGAAUAUUAUCGAAUACAGAUACGGAGCGAAUACGAGACGGAACGAAUACGGUAGCGAAUAUUUACCGGUAUAUAAAAAACCCCUCAAAUUGAGUUUCUUGAUCAAGGAAGAGAUAUCACUUAUUAUUUUAGUUCAACAUCUCUAACAUUUAUAUCGUCAAUUUUGUAGACUGUCUCACAACCGUAUGUGAAAAUCGAUUUUCAUGGUUGUUCCUCUAAGAGAUCCAUAUGCAAAUAUGAUUAUCAUUUUCUAUUCUCAAGACCUUUUACUAGAUGUAUAACUUACUUGCCAUUGUAUAAAUUGGAGAUGUUAUUUAUUUUACUUCACAUC